CAGGUGGUGUGUUUACAAAAAAAAUCUACAAUACACAACUGUAUGGGAGUAAGCCUAAUGAAAAAUCUCACUUGUAGCUGCAGAUCAAAACAAACCGUCUCCUCAUGGGAACAGGCAAGAGGAGCAAGACUUGGUGAAUGCAAUGAAGGAGCUGGUGGCAAAUGCAGAGACACCGUGGCCUCAAAUCUUCCUCAUUAAAAAUCUGUAACAACUACAGGUUCAUCCCAGCACAGAAGAUCCUUCAGGCAGAAAAAUGGAUUUUACCCAGAGGGUUUGAAAUUUCACAGCAUACGGGUGACUGGUCAGAUAUAAUGCUGGUGCUUCCAGAGCAAAAAAACAAAUAAAAACUGGAAAUCCCCAGGAAGUCCAAAGGCUGAUACCUGUCAUUAAACAAAUGGAAAUCAUCCUCCAAACACCAGUGCUCCCAGGAGAGUCUCUGGAAAACAAGAUGGAGAAGAUCUGGGCUAAGUUUGCUCUGUGCAAACACAAAAACAAGGUCUUGAUGGAGGUGGUGUUUCACACUGCAUUUACUCUGGCACUAUCUCAAAGUCCCCUUGCUCAACUUUUCAGAAUUAUCUGCUUUAAGCCUUGUGAGGUGAAGAGGUCCUACCUUCCCACCAUGCCUGGAGACCUGCCGUUUGAUAAGAACUGGAAAACUGGUCAAAAUGAUACGCUUUGGAUUUGUCAGUGUAGAUCAUACUGGACCAUCAAUGAUUUUGUGUGUCCCUGGGAAAUCAAACGAUGCCUAUGUGGUGCCAAAAUUGGAGGACAUAAAGACAAACCUGAGAAAGGUUUUGUGAGGAUAAAAAUCACACAGGACAGAACAGGAAAAGGAUACAUCCUUGGAAGCCCUUCCAUACGGAGAACUGAACUGGAGAGGGACCUGUUGCCUGCCUCUGUCUGUCUUGCAAGAGUUCUGCUGCAUUCAUCCAUGCUGCUGGGCAUCUAUACAGACGAAGGGGGGAGACAGCCCAUAUUCUUUUCUCUCCCUUGCCUCCUGUCUGUCUGCCCACGCCACUCAGCCUGCAGUUUCUACAUGAUGAAUAGCUUCUUCCCUAUUCAGAGGAUGAAUAGGGCAGAACCUUUCUUGAGAGCUAAAUUAAGAAACCACCCUGUCUUCCAGGCAAUUCUGAAUCUGAUGACAGAGAAGCCAGAGGAUGUGGCAAAAUUCUUCUGGGGCCACCUUGAGAAAGACAUUGAAUGCCUGGCAGAGGCGUGUAGCAAGAACAUGGAGGAUGCCACAGUGACAGUCCAUCUGUUCCUCCAGCACCUGAGCAGCAGUGCAAACAGUAAAGGACAAAACAUGGACUGGAAUAUUUUGCUUAGCCAAGAAGACAGAAGGCAGUGGGAAACCUGCUUUAAAACCCUGACUCGGCCAUUCUUCAAGGACUUGGAGCAGAACCUUACUUACAUCAAGCAGCAGAGAAUGAGAGAUCUUCAGGGCUCCAGCUUGCUCCCACAAAUAGCUUGUGACCAGAUGACCCCUUUCAAAGACCAGCCAAACUUUGGACUGAUUGGCCUCUCCUACAUGUGGCGAUAUGAACAGAAGGUGUCCAUUCAGACCCUGAUGCAUCUCCUUCAGCAAGAACAUGGAGAAAGUGAAGGGAGUCGCUAUCCUGUUCUUCUGGAGCUCAUGUCUAAGAUAAAAAACAUCCAGCAUGUCCAACACCUGCCUGACAUUUUGAGUCUGCAGAAAGCUCUGAUCCAUUUCUUCCAGAACUGCCAUGGAGGGGAAAUAUACUCAGUACAACAGUUUCUAGACCAACACGAACUUUCAGAGGACCAACAUUCAGCUUUCUGCCGAGCUAUAGAGACCAUCCAGAAAGUCUGGAGCAAUAUCAGAAUGAAACCACUGUGUUCAGAUGUGAGAGUCAUCCCAGACAAGUUGCCAAAGGACAUCAAUGCCAACACUCUGGUCCUGAAACUCCUCCCAACUCCGCUUUCUAUUGGUUACCUUGUGACAAAGCUCCUCAUACAGCUCCAGAACAGUUGUGUGGACACAGCUACACAGAUCACAAAGGAAAAGCAACAGAUCAUCUCUGCAGAAGAAGUGAAACCAUACUCCAUGUUGAAGAUAACUGAGAAUGAUCUGAUCACUGCAACACUGGUCAACUCUCAGUAUGAGAUACAUGAAGAUGGCACCAAGACAACCCAUUUUGACUUCCAGACACUACAGCAGCAAAUAAUCCAACGUUUUAUCAGUGGGAAACCUAUCAUCAGAGCUCAGACGGCUCCAUUCUUUGAGCUGGACAGAAUGAAGACCCUGAAGUACACAAAAACAAAAGUGAGAGAACAUGUGCCUCAGGAAUCAAUAAAUGUGAACACGCUGAAAUGGGUCAUGGAAGAAGCACGAUCAGUGAAUGCUAUUUCCCAAACACUUGACACCUUGAAACUGGCUGCUGAAUUCCUGGCUGUGACUGGUGGGAACCCAGAGCGCCAGUUGUCUGAGUAUGUAAAAAAUGAGCUGAAGAUGGAUGCAAGUGCACAACAGUUCAGAGACAUAUUGGGGGUAGCAAACUGCCAGCUGAAGCACAUCCUGUCUCUGUGGCAAACAUUGUCAGCAAAGAGAUCUAUACUGUUGGUGCAGAUGAAUCAGAAUCCUUUCUGCCUGGUUUCUGAGCAGUAUCAUGAGGAAUUGAGUGAAGAGAAGGCGGCGGCUCUGACUACUGCGCUUUCUGCAGUUAACCUGCAUUUGUUCCUUAUUGAGCUCCAUGAGAUGAUCAUUGUGCACCUGGACAGCUUUGAUCCACAGUGGGGGCUAAAGGAAACUUUCAAAGAUUUCCUGGGAGACAGGCAAGAUGAUGCCUCCAUUGUAAACCUGACAGGCUGUUUGAGUCCAGACCUUCUACUGAAGAAUGUUGUUUUUAUCUGGAAGACAGCUCUGAGGACCAGCAAGCCUCUUAGCUCUACUAUUCAGAAGGGACCAACCUAACCUUUGCUAAGUCCCCCAGGAAUUAACUCACCAGCAGCUUCCCCAAUCCAGUUAUCAAUGCCCUGAGUGCCUUAAUUGUCCUGAUCAACCUCACCCAGAAUUUCUUUCCGUGCACCCACUGUCUACUGGUCCUGAAGUUCCACUUAAACUCAGCUUGGGCCUCUCUCCCUGCUUGAGCUAUGCUGUAAGUGUAUUGAUGUCCAGCCCUGUGCCCUGGCAGUCCUGAUUUGUUCACUAGCUUUCCUGCACUGACCUUGAACCACUGUCAUCACCUCACUUUGUUUGAUGAUCACUGGCCAGUAAACAGAAUCUGGUUCUGCCCAGGUUCUGUGAGACUGUACCUGGUCUGUGGUUAUACUGUCCUGCCUCUGCUGGGGUCACCCUCUGCUUCCAGCUCAUUUUCCUGUAUGGAACAGCCCCACAGCUGCCAUUCUAUGACAAAAAAUGUACCCACCAACCAUUCAGCUUGUUGCCAAUUUAAUGUAUCCAAGUUUCAGAGCAGGUUACCAAAAAAAAAAAAAAUAAAUCAGAUGUAAAGAGGGUGGGAAAGGGAACCUCAUUUUAAUGCUUAGUAAUAUAUUUGUGCUUUUUUCUAAUAGCUGUGAUAUCAUAUUCAAGGCAGCAAAAGCAGUGUAAGCAAAAAUACACCUAGAAAUAAAAGCAAAAGCAAGAAGCUUACAGCAGCUGCAGCACUGCAGCAUAGAUCAGCAGUGGUACAUUCACAGUAAAGAUACACUUCACAACUGCA